UUGAUGCGCAUGAACACACCACACACACACACACACACACACACACACAGUUUUCCUCACACUGAAGUGAAAGCGACGUGUGAUAAAUAAUUAAAUAAGUAGUUUAUCUGCGGAGUGGACGUGUGCGAGUGCAGCUCCAUGUUGUCCCCGCUCAGCGCGUCCUGACUCGGGGAUGCGGUGCGGAGGCUGCGCCCGGCGCUGCGGCUCUGCUGGACGGCAGGAUGCUCCUCUGAGCUCCGAGGCAAAAACACACAUCUGUGCUUCCUCCAGCUCUCUUCACCUGGAUGCGGAGGGAAACUAGGCCGCUGCUUGCUUGUUUUUAAGGCUUGUUUUAUCGGCUUUUUGCCACAAAUUUACAGCAAAGCGACUCGAAUCCAUAUGCUGAGUUGUUAAUUCUAAUCAAUUUCUUUUUGUAUAAACGCGAGUGUAUUUUGAACUACAUUAGCCGAGCUAGCUGGCUCUCCGUGCUAGUUUUAACUAGCAUGCAAAGCCAAACAAUAAAUAUUUGCAUGAAAUAUUUGCGUUAUUAUUUUUUUGACACACAAUUUGACCAGUAAUAUGAUAGAAAUAUAACAUGUUAAUAAGUUUACAAGAUAAUGAACUAAGCUAGCUAGCUAACGGUAACGGUUGGUGCUUCUUUGACUGUCAAAUGAUGUUCCUAUAAGCAGCUAGCUAGCUAAAAAAACAAGCUUGUUUUUAUGAUUAAUAUUAUUUCAUAUUUCAAAUUUGACCUAAUUAGAUAUCUAGCUCAAUUGUAGGCACUGGCCAUCCAUGCUAAACCUGAAUAUAAGCCUGAAUAUAUGUAUAAUUUAGCAUUUCAUGGAUGACAGGAAGCAGUAUUGACUGCAUUUCCACUAGAAUGAAUGGUACUGAUGGAGUUUGGCGUUUCACACGGAUCCUGAGGAAGGAGGAAGGAUUUGUUUGUAAGGCUGCCAACAGCUUUUAAUGCAGCAAACCGUUUUUCAGCCACUCAUUCCACUGCACAGGCGAAUAGCAGGAAAAAUUGGACUUGGUUUGGUUACAUUGGAUUGAACAAAAAAAAUGGCCCAGGAGGCAUUUCCUUUGCAUUAUCUGGUCUGGAACAAUCGGUACCUGGAGCUCGACAGAGAGCUGAAGAAAAAACAGCAGGACAUGGAGUGUGUAGAUCCACGAGGACGUACACCGCUCGAAUUGGCCGUGUGCCUCGGUCAUGUGGAGUCCACGCGCGUGCUACUGCGGCACAACGCAGAUCCUACACGCUGCAGUGCACGAGGAUGGACAGUGUUACAGGAAGCAGUAAGCACAGGAGACCCUGAGCUGGUGCAGCUGGUCCUCCAGUACAGGGAUUUCAGACGAGCCACAGAGAGACUAGCUGGUAUUCCUGAGCUUCUCAGCAAACUGAGACAGGCUCAGGAUUUCUAUGUGGAGAUGAAGUGGGAGUUUACGAGCUGGGUGCCUCUGGUGUCGAAAGUGUGUCCGAGUGACGUGUACCGCGUGUGGAAGAGCGGCUCGUGUCUGCGAGUGGACACCACAUUACUGGGAUUUGAACACAUGACCUGGCUCAAGGGCCGCCGCAGCUACAUCUUUAAGGGUGGAGAUCCAGAUGGUGGGGCCAUGGUGAUGGAGGUAGACCAUGAGAAGCAGGUGGUGUACACGGAGCCACUGUCUCUGUCGCCGCGUGACGCGCCAUCUCUCCUCGCUGCCAUGCUGCCAUCACAAGAGAACACAGCACAGAGGCUCACCUCUCCCAUCGUCUCCACACACCUGAACACACGCAACAUCGCCUUCGAGAGGAACAAGUCUGGGAUUUGGGGCUGGCGCUCUGAGAAAACGGAGGUGGUCAGCGGGUAUGAGGCGAAGGUGUAUAGUGCCAGUAACGUGGAGCUGGUGACACGCUCUCGAACUGAACACCUCUCUGAUCAGGACAAGUCCAGAUGCAAAGGAUCCAGAACUCCUCUUCAGUCUUUCCUUGGAAUUGCAGAGCAGCACGUGUCGAACAACGGGAGUCAGGUAUCUCAGUGUGCCAGUCCUCAUAACCCGACAGCCAUCACAGCUGAGGAGUACUUCGACCCCGAGUUUAAUCUGAACGGCAGAGACAUCGGCAGGCCCAUCGAGCUCACCAGCAAGGUGCAGAGGUUUAAGGCCACGUUGUGGUUAAGUGAGGCCCACCCUCUUUCACUGGCUGAGCAGGUGACACCCAUUAUUGAUCUCAUGGCUAUUUCUAAUGCUCACUUUGCUAAACUGCGUGACUUCAUCACCCUGCGUCUGCCGCCUGGCUUCCCUGUGAAGAUAGAGAUCCCUCUCUUCCAUGUACUGAAUGCACGGGUGACCUUCAGUAACCUGUGUGGCUGCGAUGAGCCGGUCAGCUCCGUUACUGUGCACUCGCCACAAGGAGCCACUGAUGCAGGUCAGAGCCCUCCCCCCCUGCACUGCGAGGUGGACCCGUCCGUGUUCGAGCCUCCGGCGGAUUACACCACGCUCGGUCCAGGCCGUAACGAGCCGCUGAGAGAUGAGGAUGAUAACCUGCUGCAGUUUGCCAUUCAGCAGAGUUUGCUGGACGCAGGGACAGAAAGUGAUCAGGUGACCAUAUGGGAGGCUCUCACUAACACACGUCCAGUGUCUUCUCAGCCUCCACUUUAUGAGGAGGACUCCCAGCUCGAGCGGGCGAUCCAGGAGUCCCUAUCUCUGUCAUUGGCUGGGGGAGAAAGCGGGGAAGCUCCUGCUCAGUCUCCUCCAGGUUCCUCACCCGACCCUGCCCUCAACUCUCCACCUUCCUACAACUCAUUGGUUGAUUCGCGGGUAACCGGGGCGUUUGCCGUAGCAACCAGCUUUGACGAGCAGCUGCGUCUGGCGAUGGAGCUUUCAUGCAGAGAGCAGGAGGAGCUGGACAGGAAAAGAAGAGAAGAGGAGGAGGAGCUUGAAAGGAUAUUACAGCUUUCACUCACAGAAAAGUGACCACACUAACAGUAUCAAAAAGCUUAAUUUAUUAUUUGUGCUUUUUUUCUGUAGUGUUAAAUUAUUAUUACAGAUUCAUGCUUCUUCUUUUUUUUUUUUUUUAUUUGAAAUGGGACAGAGGGCUUAAUCGGGGGGGGGGGCGGGGGGGGGAGAGAGAGAGAGAGAGAGAGAAAUGGAGGAUUACCAGGUUAUGCAAGAAAGCAGAUGAAUGAAUAACAUCAAUCCAUGAGCAUGGCAAGACGAUGUCAAUGAUAUCCUCUCAAUCUCUGUGUCAUCAUUCUGAGUGAAAAUGUUCAAACUUUAUGUUUAUUAUACAGUACUGAUAAUGUGAAUAUGAAAUGUUGAAAACUAUGGCGAUGCAUAAAGUGAUAAAAAAAAAAUAUUGCAUAAAAUGAGUUAAAUAUGUUGGCUAAAAAACAUGUAAGAAUAAUUAUUAAAUGUAUCUGAAACACUUUCACAAUCUUAAAUGA